AUGUCGACCAAAGUGCGCGUCGGAGCCGUGCAAGGCGAGCCUGUAUGGCUCAACCUCGAAGGCAGCGUCGGCAAGACAAUUUCGUUGAUCAAGCAGGCGGCUGCUGAUGGGGUCCAAGUGCUGGGCUUUCCCGAAGUGUGGAUCCCCGGGUAUCCGUGGGGAAUAUGGACGACUUCCGUCAUUGGCAACGUCGAAAUGAUUCACUCCUACAUGGCCAAUUCGCUCGUCAAAGACUCGCCGCAAAUGCGCCGCAUCCAAGAAACCGUCCACGAAGCCGGAAUGUUCGUCGUUCUCGGAUACAGCGAGCGCGACGGCGCUUCUCUGUACAUGGCGCAGUCCUUCAUAUCCCCAGAAGGUGAGAUCGUGCACCAUAGGCGGAAGAUCAAACCCACGCAUGUCGAGCGCACAUUGUGGGGAGAUGGGCAGGCCGACAGCUUGAAGUGUGUUGUUGAUAGUUCGUUUGGGCGGAUAGGCGGGCUGAACUGCUGGGAGCAUUUGCAGCCGCUGCUGCGAUACUACGAGUAUAGCCAGCGGGUGCAGAUCCACGUCGCUUCCUGGCCCGCCGAAUUCGAAAUGCUAGACCCAGCGAAGCAGCCAUGGCUAUACCACGAAACAGGCGAAGCCAGCUACCGCGCUAGUCAGUUCAUGGCGAUCGAGGGGCAGACGUUCGUCCUUGUCGCCUCUCAGAUCAUCACCGAGGAGAACCUCGAGAAGAACAAUUUGCUGGGCAAUCAUGUCACCAAGACGCCCGGGGGAGGUUUCUCUAUGAUCUUCGGUCCAGACGGAAAGCCAUUAUGCGAACCGGUCAGCGAUGGCGCGGAGGCCAUACUGAAGGCCGAUAUCGAUCUGACGGAUAUUGACUAUGCGAAAACGUUCAUCGAUACAGUCGGGCACUAUGCUAGACCGGAUAUGCUCUCCCUUCUGGUAAACCCAGAAGCAGCGAAGCAUGUAACGUUGAUGAAGUGA